AUGCACCCAACUCGCUACAUCUCGCACCCUAACCAACCGCCGACCGACCUGUCCUCAGCGGCGGACACCAUCCACGAUGCACUCAUAUCCAACCUGCAGCGUCUGCGCAGACAUCCAUCCUCCAGGCCCGGCGUGUACCUCGGUUCGGCAGGGGCGCUGUUGACGGACUGGCAUGUCGCCUUCGUCCUUCCCUCUCUGGUACUGCCGAAGGCAUACUCCCCGCAGACCUUCACUCCCGGCCCAUUCUCACCACCACGUACCGGGGCGCAAGCCUCGUUUCUGGAGACAAGCGUGGGGCCCGCGACGCUACUUCUUAUCCAGCAGCUCCACGAGCCGCGCGACACUGGGGCCUGGAAAGACUGCAUACGGCUCCUCGACGGCGCGCUUCGGGUAGCGCUUCGGGAAGAGGUCGACGAUGACGGGUGCGAGGUCCUCUACGGGCGUGCAGGGCUCUUGUACGCGCUGCUGCUACUCCGCUCCGAGCUCACGGGAUCAGAGGAAUCGUCCACCGUGCGCGACAUCGUCGCUCAGCUAACCUCGGACACACACAUCCGGACAUUAGUUGAUGACAUUGUGCAGCGCGGCCGCUUCGGGGCGCAGGAAUUCCAGAAAGAGCUGGAGAAGGACGAGCGGGCGCACGCCCCGCCGUUGAUGUGGUCUUGGCACGGAAAGCGAUACCUCGGCGGGGCGCAUGGCGUCUCGGGAAUCCUGCAGAUGCUGGUAUCUUCCCCGACAGUCGCGCUUGCUCCACACUGGGUCGCAGUCCUGGGUACGGUCGAGUGGCUGCUUGCGAUCCAGGAGCCUCUGGGGAACUGGCCAUCGAAAGCAGGGCGGCACAUGGCGCGCACCGCGGGCGGAAGCGCCACGAGCAGAGCAGCGAAGCGCGUCAGCGUCGAAGACGAUGCGUGCGAUUCGCUCGUGCAAUGGUGCCAUGGCGCCCCUGGAGUACUCAUCCUCCUCGCCAGCCUGCUGCGGCGCGGGGGGCCGGUGCUCCCUGUAAGCGCCAAGCUGCGGGAGGCAGCCAUCGCGGCGCUCAAGCGUGGGGGUGAGCUCGUGUACACACGGGGAUUGCUGCGAAAGGGCGUCGGGCUCUGCCACGGAGUCGCCGGGAGCGUGUACGCGCUGCUCGCCGUCGCGGACGUGCUAGAUCCGGAUAAUGACCGAGACCAAGCUCAGCACGAUGCGUACUGGCUGGAGCGCGCGGCAGACCUCGCUCUGCGCGCAACGGCGUAUCGGGGUUACGAACAGAAGGGGGAGAUGCUCAUUCCUGACCGGCCGUAUAGCCUGUACGAAGGCGUCGGUGGGAUGUGUUGCGCAUGGGCGGAGGUACUCGCGCGGUUGCGAGUGCGCGAGGAGGGCAGGGCCGGCGGGUGGCGGCGUGGUAUGCCGGGUUAUGAUGACUUGCGGUUUGAAUGUUGA